AUGUUGCGCCAAAAAGCACUGGUUGAAGUACUUGGCCAAGCAAAUACGGCCGAAGUAUCGGGUGCUUUGUUGUUCAAUCGAGAAGGGCUUCUUCUCGCUUACAGCGGUUACGGUGAUAGUAAAGAUCAUGCAAAUGUAUCAGCUGCACUGAUCUCCAACAUAUGGGAAUCGUUUGACAAGAAAGGUGGCAGAGAAGACCUGAAGGAAGCCACGAUCAUAUGCGAUGAUGGUGUCAUGGCUGCAACUCGAGUGGCUAAUAUGCUCUUAGCCCUUAAGGCGUCAAAGAAUUGUCAUUGUGUCACGAAAUGUCUAGAGGCUGUGUCCAAACCUCAUGCAUGCAGAGUGAGAUCAAAUGGUAUCGAUCCUACACAGCGAUACCCAUUCCCUAACACUAUCUUACCGUGGAGACAGGUCUCAACUUCUUCUUCUUCGUUACUUUUAUGGAAUGCUGCCUUUAACUCUGCUUGUAAGAAGAGCUAUUUGUACGACGUUAUAGGCAGAAAUCAAAAUGUCUGUACUUUGAUUUUCUGUGACAGCCGCUAUCUGUUGACAGAAUUUUCGAGAAAAAAUCACGCAACCAGGGGUCUGAACGAAACUAACGCCGUGACGACCAAUGGCAAGCUUUCAAGACCGCCUCCUAUCCAGUUUUGCGGUGACCGAAACGUACAGAACGUUUUUGAGAUGAAAACUCGGGAACAUCCGGACAACUAUAAGAAAAUGAAAAUAGCAUAG